AUGUCCACCAACUCAGUAAAGUCGAAUAGUAUUGAUAAAAAGAAACACAAGAAAAAAAAAGAUAGUAAUAAUAGUUAUAGCAAUAAUAGGUCUUUUUCAUCACAGUCAUCACUAUCAACAACACAGUCUAGUAGUAGUUCUAUAAAUAACACAACCACAACAUCUAAAUCAUUUUUUAGUUUUUUUUCAAAAUCAAUAUUCAGGUCGUAUAAAAAAUCUUCGUCGUCACCACAAAUUAAUGAUAAUAGGGACGAUAAUAAAAUAAUAACAGAAAACACUACCAAUAGCACAAAGAUAACUAAUACUAUUAGUAGUUCAUCAAUAACAACCACAACCACAACAUCUGAUACAACAAAUAAUAUAUUAGAUACUAGAACUGAAAUUGAAACUAAUAGUCCAAAACACUAUUCUAUUUCAGCUUUUAGUCCAUCUUCUAAUUUAUCAUCUUCACCAAGUAAUAGUACAAAUCCACCAAAUUUAUUGUCAAAUUCACCAAAGUUUUCAAAUUUUUCAUUAGAGGGAGGUUACUCAUCUCAAAAAGAUUUAAAAAUAGACGAUUAUUUUAAUUUAACUACCACCCAAAUUCCAAACUCUAAUCUAUUACAUAGAUUAGAUAGUAGAAUGGUUGGAAUUUUGGGUGAAGCAGAUAUUAAUAAAUGUAAAGAGAUUAUACCUAAAGAUCAACAUUUUAUAACUGGUUAUUCUUUAGUUUUGGUUACAUUUAAUACAAUUUUGCAACCGAAAUUAAUUAAAACAUUCACAUCAAGUCCGGUCGCAUUAUUAAUUUCUGAUAAAUCAGCAUUUUUAGUUUUAUUUGAUACAAGAUCUCAAACCAUUCAACAAGUAGAAUCAUGUGAUUUAACAGAGAUUAAAGAUGUUCACUCUGGUUAUAUGUCCAGUAAUAUUACAAAUAGUAAUCAGUCAGCUAAUAAUAAUAAUAAUAGUAAUAAUAGUAAUGGUGACAGCAGUAGUAAUCAAGUCACCAAUUUAAUGGAGGAAGGUGUUUCAAUAUCACCAAGAACACCAAAGAAGAAUUUAGGUUCAUUUGUUUUAAGAAUUGUUAAAAUUAAAGGGUCAUGGGUUUUAAUGGGCUACUCACCAACUGAUUCACCAGAGGUACAAAGAGAAAAGAUUAAAACCAUCGAGGCUACUAUCAAGUCAAUUAUAGACAAGGCUAAAAUGCAACACAAGAUUGAAUCAAAAUUAGAAAAUUCUGAAAGAACUCAUAUCCCAAUUGCAUACUACCAACCAAAAACAGAUAUACUUGUAGAGGGUGAAAUUUAUUUCAAUCUUAAAAAGUUUUCAUUCAUCCAAAAAGCUGGAAGUGGUUUAUUUAACAACAACAAUAAUAAAGAAGAUCACAGUUUUUCGAUCGAUUUAAUUUCAAUUUUUGAAUGUAGAUAUACAACAUCAACAAUUAUAGAUGGUUACUGGGAAUUAAAAUUAGCAUCACAAGGUGAACAAUCAAAUCAACAAUACUUUUUAUAUUUACCAAAAUUAGACAUCGAAAAUAUCACUAAAAAUAUUGCAAGAAUGAUUACAGAAAGUCAAGAUAUUGCAUUACUAGGUUAUGAUGAAUCUGCCACAUUAGAUAGUAUUGACGAAAUGAAUUCAAAUAUUUCAUCUUUAGAUUUAGAUAGUAUUAAUAUUGGUUGUAAUAAUUAUAAUAGUAAUAAUAAUGGAAAUAAUAACAACAAUAAUAAUCAACAACAGCCACAACAACAACCACAACAACAACCACAACAACAAUCACAACAACAACAACCACAAAAUAAUAGAAAUCCAGAGAUGAAUAAUUCGAUUGAUAGAAAUUUAUUAAGCGAUAAUACUGUAUAUAGAAAUUUAAAAAAAAUUCAAUCAACUUAUGAAACUAUUGAUCUUAGUGCUCAAAGAGAUUUAAAUGAAAAUAAUUUUUAUUUAAUCGAGGGUGAUGAAGAGGAUGAGGACCACAGUAAAAUUUAUACAGAUUUUCAAAUUAGAAAUCAAUUCGUUACUUCACUCGAUAAUAACAAACCAAACUCUAUUCCCACAGAGAUUCAUUUUCAAGGUAAAUCGGAUUUAUUAAAGGUAGAUGAUAUGUUAUGGCUCCAAAGUUAUUUCCCAACCCGUUUAAAUGACGAACCAUUCGAACUUGUUUACAGCACAUUAAAGCAUGGUAUUAGCAUCAGAACCUUUUUUUCAAAAGUUGCUCAAAGAUCACCAUGUAUCCUCGUUAUCAAAGAUGACUACAAGAACAUUUUUGGUGCCUAUACAUCCGAUCCUUGGAAUAGUGAAAACAAGGUUCACUAUGGAAGUGGUGAAACUUUCCUCUUUAAACUAACUGGACAAAGGAAGAAAUUCUCUUGGACUAGAAAGAAUGAUAAUUUCAUGUUUUCAAAUGGUUGUAUCUCUUUGGGUACAGGUGAUAGUAGCGCAGCUUUUGGUUUGUGGAUUGAUGAAGACCUUUAUUAUGGUAGCUCUGUUAAAUGCAACACAUUCGAUAAUGAAGUUUUAGCCCAUAGCUCAGAGUUUAAAGUUUUGGAAAUAGAGGUUUGGUCUUCGGUUUCUAGUAAAGCUCAAGCUACCGAAAAGAAACAAUUAAAUGCAAGAGACUUUUUCGGUACAACUGCUACUUACCUUAAACCUUCUUCAUUUAAAUUUUAAAAGUCAUCCCAUCAAUAUUUUUAAAAAUAAAUUUCAAUAUAUAAUAAUUUUAAACAUACAUAUAGUUUAGAAAAAAAAAAAAAUUUUAUCACAAGCUUAACAUUUUAAUAAAAAUUUUAUUUUAAAUGUUU